GAAGCAGAAUAGAGAAGUGGGUUAGUGAUGGGGUUGUGAACGAUACUGUUCUCAGCUAGUGAGAGGAGGAAGUUGCACCCUUUACACAGGUAGAUGGAAAUAAAGAAACCAGUAGCCACAUUGUGAAAGUACUCUCUACCGUGAGCUACCAUGUCUAUAGAUGGGACAAAGUUACUGUUUGAAGGCUUCCUGCAGAAAAGAAAAGAUACGUUGAAAAUGAGGUGGUCGACAUAUUGGUUCAGGCUUCAGAAUACAACCUUGUUCUUCUAUACCAAGAAGAAUGGCAGCGCUUCACACUUGCGAGGCUAUUACUACAUUUACACAGUACAGUCGGUACGAGAGGUCCAGAGAACUGACAGCAAGCGCUUCAUGUUCGAGAUCACCAUGACAAACGGAAAGAGAAAAAUGUUGGCAGCGGAGACAGCUGCUCUCAGGAAGGAGUGGGUAGGACACCUGUGGCAAGCCAUGAACCUCUCUACCUCUAGGAUCUCAGAGUCCAGCAGCACACGCAUUAAAGAGCGUGAGACAGAGAGAGAGAGAGACAGAUUUCACAGCGGCGCACCCAUCUGCUCACACAGCGACAGUGUGAUGGAGUCUCUGCCUGCUCGGCCACUCUCUGCCCCUGCUCCUCCGGUGCACUCUCACUGCGAGGCUGAGAGCGCCACGCCACCCGUGUCCCAGUCUGAGGAGCUGAGCAGUGAGGAGCCCACAUACGAAAACACACUGUUAGCCUGUAACUACCAGCAGCAAAUUGGUGACAGUCUAAACGAUCAUCAGUGGUCCAGUGGGUUAAGCAAUGCAGAGGACACACAAGAAGGACACUAUGACGUUUUACCACUUAGAAACAAGAUAUGUGAGAUUGUUUCAGCAGAGGUGGACGAGGGCGUGUAUGACGUUCCUCUCUCAUACAGGAGGUCUGCAGAACACCAGGAUCUAACAGAAAGCAUAUAUGACGUACCGAGCUCUCUUCUGAGGGAGACGUCUCAUCACACAAUAGAGGAACAGCCUGAGGAGGGAGUCUACUGGAGGAUAUGAUGAGGGACUACCAGCGAUGGACUGGAGGGUACAAUUCUUUGUACAGAAGGCAGCUUAAUAUCUCCAUGUUUCAAUCUUAAGCGAAAACAAACGGUAUUUAUGCAACACAUACAACAAAUGUUAAUCAUGUCUGUCUUGCUAUUUAAGUUUUGCAUGUGAGACAACAUAGACAACCACAACCAAGAGGUUUAACUGUGGUAUUUAUUUGAGCUCUGUCUACACAAGGCCGAGAUACACACAGUCAUUUAUAACUAUAGGCAACACGCUGUACAGAAAUGUCUACACAUAUGCACUGUGGGUCAGCCACACUGUGGUUAACGAGUAAAAUGACUCAUCUACCUGUCACAGGGUUCACAGUUUAAAAGUAUACACCACCAACAAUGAUAUUGCUGUAUUCCACACUUUGGACUGGUUUUAAUGGGAAUGAUUGAGUUUAACCGUUUAUGGGUUUAAUGGAAUAUAAAAAUGUGUCUUGUCGCAGAUAAAAAAAAAAAUGUAGGCAUGCUAAUAUUAUUGUGAGCACUUUAAUAAAUCAUCUUCUAUUAUUUGUUUAUUUAA